AUGCCUGCCACCAAGAGCAAUGGGCAGCCCCAGCUGCUCUUUGUCGAUGGCUCCUUUGAGGAGCUCGCCAAGGAGAUGGCGGACUACCUGAAGGCCGAGGACGCGAAGCAGCUUCUGGCCAAGGAGUCUUCCCCUAAGGAGGAGGUUCUUUCCAAGCUGGUCGCUGCCUCUCAGGCGCUCAACACCGUGCCCGAGAAGGAGUACACCGCCGCGACGAAUCUGAUGAUCCACCUUGUUCUUCAGUCCGCCGACCCCAAGAAGCACCUGCCGACGCUCUGCAGCAACUUUGCCAAGCCGCUCGGCAACUCGCCUGUCCACGGCGCGGCUCUGUCUCUCAAUGCGCUCACGACUGUCUUCAACCUGCUCGACCAGGAGGACCCGAUCCGUGCGCGCGUGUUUAUGGAGAUUCUCAAGUUCUUGAAAGCCCAUAGCAUGUUCGAUAACCUGCGACCAUACCUCGACAAGCUUCCGGAGUGGAUAGACUCAUGGGGCUGCGGUGAGGAGAUUGAGCGGAAAUUGUACGAGGAGGUCGCGGACAUUGCUCUGGAGGCCGAAGAGGAAGAGACCAGCUACGAGUUCAUCCUCAAGGCCCUCCGAACCUUUGAUGCCGACGACAAGGAGGAGGUUGGCUCCGAGGAUGCUCAAAGAUUAUCCCUCCGGGCUCUCAAGACGGCCAUUCUUUCGAACACCCACUUCCUCUUCCAAGAUCUCCGCGCCAUCCCCAGCGUGCAGGCCCUCAGCGACUCCCACCCCGUUUACUCCCAACUUCUCGAUAUCUUCGCCGAGCAAGACCUUGAGGACUACAACGACUUCAACGAAGAGCACGAGGGCUGGGUUGAGCAGCAGAAGCUGGACCACGAGAAGCUUCACCGAAAGAUGCGCCUCCUCACGUUCGCCAGCCUGGCAGCCGCCACCCCCAGCCGCGAGAUCGAAUACGCCAAGAUUGUCAAGGCGCUCCAGAUUCCCGAGGAGGACAUUGAGAUGUGGGCGAUUGAUGUGAUCCGAGCUGGCCUCGUCGAGGGAAAGCUGUCGCAGAAGCGCAACAUGUUCCUCGUCCACAAGGUCACGUACCGCGUGUUCGGCCAGAAGCAGUAUCAGGAGCUGGCCACCCGCGUAGACCACUGGAGGGCGACCCUUCAGAACGUCCUGGGUGUCUUGCGCCAGGAGCAGGCCAACGCAAAGUCACAGAAGGAGCGCGAGAUGCAGGAGUUGGAGCGGAAGAUGAACAACGCCGGCGUCGGCCAGGGCGGGCGACGACAGCAGGGGCAGCAGUCGCAGCAGCGGGAGCGGACAGACAAUGAUGACUAA